AUGGAUGUUAUUAUGCUUCCCGAUCCUAAAAUAGUUGGCAUGUAUAAAAUGCAACUAGAUGAGGGAUGCGACAAAUUCGAAUGUAUGAACUUUGAUUGCAAGGGGUGCAUUUAUGGAUUGGAACAAGAUAUCCCCAAUGAUGUAAAAGCUGAACAACUUGCUGCCAGGCAUGCAAAUGAAAAGAAACUAUGCGAUGGAUUACUCCCAAUUAUCAGAAGGCCAGAAAUUGUAUUAAAUUUAACCGAAGUUAAUCAAUUUUUAAUUCCAUUAAUAGAAUCAGACGAUGUAGUUGGAUUAAAUCCAUAUCAAAUUGAUCAGCUCCAAAAAUUUUUAGGUGAUUGUGAUUUAUUCCCAUAUUUAUGCGUAGAAAACCCAAUAGUUUAUAAUUUCAAAGACAUGCAACUUAAAGAUCAGCAAUUAUACAAACUAGCAAACUUUAUUUCACGCGAAGCAGGAAAAAUUGCAUUUUAUCAAGACAAUUUCUUAAAUAUGAUACAAUGUUUCUUCCAACAAAACUGCCAAACGCGUUUUCAUGUAAGAGGACUUCUUAUUCUUUUUGCAUUUUCAAUAUUUUUCGAUAAUAGGUCUUGUGCUACAGUUUUAUCAAUAAUUAACCACAUAAAUAACCUACCACAAAAUCCAGAAAGAGAAUUCUGGCAUCAAGUUGAGAUACUUCCAUUAUAUUCAACAAAAAUUGUAGAAGCAGUGCAUUCAGCUGCUCAGAACUUUAUGAAAUCGGUAAGAUUAUUAUCACCUAUGACAGGGAAUAUAAUCUUUCCAAUUGCUAAGUUUUUAACAAGAUUAUUUAAAUUUAGAAUGGAAGAUCCAGAAAAAUUUAUCGUUAUGAAAUCGGAAAGGCUCCUAAAAUUCCUUAUGCACGAAGGUACUUACUUUAAUCUUGAGCCUCUUGCUUUAAUUCAUAUUAUUUUUACAACUCCUGCGAAACAGUUCGUUUUUGAUAAGAAUAUUUCAUACUACAGAGAACAGUCAACCAUAAAUAGAGCAAAUAGAGUCAAUAUUGACAGAAAUAAUAUUAUUCAAACAGCUCUUUCAGCAAUUGAGCGAAUUCCACCCAAUGGAUUCUUACUUCCUUUCCAAGUUACCUUCCAAGGAGAAGACGGAGCUGAUUGGGGAGGCUUAACAAGGGAAUUCUUUUUCAAACUCACGGAAAUCGCCUUUUCUCCCGACUACGGAAUGUUUAGAUAUGUUAAUUCCAAGUACUACUGGUUUGUUCCUGAGUCAAAAAGCGAAAAUUCCCUUUUCAGACUGUUGGGAUUAGUUAUUGGCCUCGGAGCAGUGAACAAAGUGCCAUUACCUGUACGUUUUCCAUUACUUAUGUACAAGAAGAUUCUCAAUAAGACCAUUACUUUGAACGAUCUUGCAGAAAUUGACCCUCAUUUCGUUACAUCCGUUUCCCAAAUGAGGGAGAUGAAAGAAAAGGGCGAAAAUAUCGAAGAUAUCGGAUUAUAUUUCACAACAUCAUAUGAGGCAUACGGAGAAAUGAUGGAAACUCCGCUUGUUCCAGAUGGAGAUAAAAUACCAGUUACUAAUGACAACUUUGAGCAGUUUGUCGUGAUGUACCUUGAUUGGCAUACAAGUGAGAGCUUCAGGUCCAAGUUUGAAUCACUUGCUGAAGGUUUUAGAGCUGUAAUAACUCCAGAACUUAUAAAUAUCUUUUCUCCGCAGGAUUUAGACCAAAUAGUUUCUGGUUCUCCGCAAUACGACUGGCCAGCUUUGAAGAAAGCAACGAGAUAUGUCGGAUAUCAAAUGAAUUCCCGCGCUAUCAAGAACUUUUGGAGCAUAUUCGAGAAUGAUUUCAACGAUGACAAUAGAAGAGCCUUUCUAAAAUUCGUUACAGGUGCUGAUUAUUCCCCGAUUGGAGGUCUUGGCACAAUCAAGCUUGUUAUUGAGAAAGAGAAGAACACGAACUUACUUCCUGUUGCCCACACUUGCAUGCUUACCCUUGGACUCCCUGAUUAUCCAACAAGAGAAAAAAUGAAACAAUCCCUUUUCAUUAUUAUACAGCACACAGAGGGAUUUGGAUUUAAAUAG